UCUUCUUUCCUUUUAAAGUCUCUCUUCUCCUCUGUGAGGUCAAAGGUCACAGAGCAGCCAGCCAGGAUGACAACAUUAAGACCUUUUACCUGCGAUGAUCUAUUUAAAUUCAACAAUAUUAACCUGGACCCUCUGACAGAAACUUAUGGGAUCCCUUUUUACCUCCAAUACCUGGCUCACUGGCCAGAGUACUUCAUCGUUGCUGAGGCUCCUGGUGGUGAACUGAUGGGAUACAUCAUGGGGAAGGCGGAGGGAUCCGUGGCUCGGGAGGAGUGGCACGGUCACGUCACCGCUCUGUCAGUGGCGCCCGAGUUCAGAAGACUUGGCCUCGCCGCCAAACUGAUGGAGAUGCUGGAGGAGAUCUCAGAGAGGAAGGGCGGGUUCUUCGUGGAUCUGUUCGUUCGAGUCUCCAACCAGGUGGCGGUGAACAUGUACAAGCGUCUGGGCUACAGCGUCUACAGGACGGUGAUCGAGUAUUACUCCGCCAGCAACGGCGAACCCGACGAAGACGCUUACGACAUGAGGAAAGCUCUGUCCAGAGACACGGAGAAGAAGUCAAUCAUCCCGCUGCCACAUCCUGUCAGACCGGAGGACAUCGAAUAACAGUAGACCGGCUCUCUGACGCUCUGCAGCCUCAUCAUCACAUGUGAAUUAUUAAUAUUAUUCCAUUGUACAUAGUUAAACUGUCACACAGGCUAAUUACCAUCUCAGUCAGAGAGCCACGCUGUACACAUUUUACUCCCCAAAGGAUCAAAUAUUCACUUCCUGUAAAUUCUAAAUGAACAUUUUCUAAAGAAAUAAAAACGACAGGCGAGUUUGAGUUGAUGUUUGUAUAAAGCAGAAAAACAUGGUCGUACAAUAAAGACUGCUGCUGCUGA